UUACAAAUGAGAACAAUAGAAGCAGUCAGGUCAACAAGCGAACAACAACAGUAUACAAGUAUCAUGAAAAUGAAAGAUACAAUGAAAUCAGAAAAUUCAGUAGAAGAUCAAGAAUCAGAGUACAUAAAAACAUAUGUGAAAGUCAACUUCUGUUUCAGUAGUCUAGCGUAUACAAAUGUAUAAAAAUCUGAUGUAAUUCAACGGAGGCGUUGUUUGACUCUAUGACGACUUCCGGCAAAAAAAGCACCCGGAAACAUUUUGUUGUUGCAGUACGCGGAGACGUUGCCACAAGUUUUAUUCGCAGCAUAUAUAUAGUUUAUGUUGUGAGCUGGCACCAUGAUCAAUAGAUGGUUCUUUAUCUGUGCGUUUGCACUGCUGAUAAAUAAAGUCUCUCUGCAGGUCACAGUAGAGGGUUUCAUCAGUGGUUCUGUUGUCCUGCCGUGUUCUUCAACUGAACAUGAUCUUACACUUCAAGAUACUGAUGUCCAUUGGAGAGACAAAGACAGCAAGAUUGUGUUCGAUAUAGUUAAGGGUGAAGAUUCAAUAGCAGAACAAAACUCACAGUACAAGAACAGAGUUGAAACUUUCCCUGAUGAGUAUAAGAGAGGAAACUUCUCCAUAAUCCUCACCAAUCUUCAACACACUGAUGCAGGAGAGUUCAGUUGCUUCAUCACUCCCUCAGAUGAACAGAAGACUGUGGAGCUGAUCAUCACAGGAUCAACAGCAGAAAAAGGAAAUAACUUAUUUACUAUCUGGAUGACGAUAUUGACCUGUGUUUUUCUCUGUUACUUGCACCAACUGUUCUGUCUGUAACCUGUUUGAUUUUUAAAUGGAGAAAAGAGCUCAAGCUGCCUCAGAAGGAACAGUGGCAAACUUUGUUACAUUUAGCUAAA